CACACCAUUUUAAAUUUCUGGAUGUACAAUUUACUGUAAAAAGAACGUUCAUGUAUCAUAUAUAUCGAACGUACAUCCCAUCUCUGUUAUUAAUAAUAUUUACAUUUGGAACAUUUUGGGUUCCCGACACUGCUGUACCAGCUCGUAUGGGAAUGAUUGUUACAAGUUUUCUUGCAAAUGUUUUCAUCUUACAAGCAGUGAGUGAAGAAACAGUAAAAGUUUCAUACACAACACCAAUGCAAAUGUUUCUGGUUGUCAAUAUCACACUGAUUGUCCUUACAAUGGUUGAAUAUUUAUUGAUUUUACAACUUAAUAUUAACAAGACCGACAAACCACAAGUUGAUUACAGUUCAAAUCUAGCUUUCAAUCAAGACGAACAACAAACAGGCUUUCAAACCUAUCAAAGUGUGCAAAAGACCGAAAUACGACCAGCUGAGAGAAACGUUUUUCGUCGAUAUGAUGUUCAUAUCGUUGACAAAACCUCGAGAAUUCUUUUCCCUCUAACAUACAUUAUAAUCUGUGCUGUUCAUUUUGGAUAUUAUUCUACGGCUAGUUAAGAAAAAUUUGAAACAUGUACAAACAAGUUUAAAUGCUGUAAAUGGAAGGAGGUUAAAUAAGAAUAAAUAAGCUUUUUAAUCCUUUCACUUUUUGAUUUUUUUUUGGAGUGGGGAAGGGGAAGAAAUUUUGCCAUCCGCAUCUAUGACAGUAGUUUAGUACGGCCUUGCAUUUUUUAAACAUUGCUUGUAUAUCUGUGCAAGCUUUCAACAUCAACUUUUUCUCAUAAUGUUUUUUAUUUAUGAUAAAUAAGCUGACCAACCGGUGAUAAUAGCUCUGGACAAGCAUCUCUAGGACAAAAAUGCAUUGGUCAUUUGACUUAUUUCAUAUUUGUAGUCUUCGCUUCGUGUUGAAUAUUGUUUAUCUUUAGUUUAUAGCAUACGUAAUGUUUUUAAACGGAGAAGUCGUUUUGUUUUUUAAAGUUUUGUGGUGCAGUUUACUUUUGAUCUUCUCAUGAUUUAAGAACUGUCAUGAGUUUCAUUCUUUCUUUUUUGAGGAUAAAAAUUGAAAGCAUAUCCCUUUACAGGUCCAAACAUACUGAUGUCAGAAACCGUCAAGGAUUUUUAUCACUGUUGUGACAAUAAUUUAUGCAUCUUAAUAAAAUCCCAAAAUCUCCUAAUUCCAAGCUUUUUUUAAAAAA